AUGUUCGACCACCAUGUGUUAAAGAAAUGGAACAGCUGUGAUGAGCUAUUGAUAUUGCCAGAUGUUCCUGUAUCUACAAUUAAAAAAAUACAUAUUUAUGAUUUUGAUAAUACACUUUAUAAAUCUCCUCAUUUGAAUAGAUCGUUACACUCCAAAGAAUUAGUUUCAUUAUUAUUGAACAAUCAGAAAUUACCCAGUGGUAAUUGGUGGUCCGAUCAAAGGUCACUGGAAGAGAUGUUUAUCGAAAGUAGACAAUAUAAAAGCAAUUCACUGGUGAAACGAACUUACUGGAAUAAAAAUAUCUUACCAUUAGCUGAAUUGUCAUGCAAUGAUAGUGACACAAUCUCAAUUAUCCUGACUGGGAGAAAAGAAAAACAAUUCAUGUCAUUAAUUACAAAAAUUGUUUCAUCAGAUAUACCCACGUUAAAAUUCAAUGCAGUUUGUCUGAAAAAGACAGAAUUAGAGUACUCCACGACUGCUGAAUAUAAAAUUGCUUUAAUUACCGACCUUAUGAAAUAUUAUUCCGAGUCUUUAGAAGAAGUGACAAUUUAUGAUGACAGAAUAUCUCAAUUAAAGAAAUUUAGAGAGUUUUUUGAAAAUUUAAGUGAAACAAAUAAACUGAAAUUAAAGGAAUCAUUUAAGUGGUUCGUCAUCCCAGUACCGCCUGUGGUUAGAUAUCUAAAACCACAAGUUGAAGCAAAUAUAGUCUCGAAAGUAAUCAACGAAUACAAUUUGAACAAUUCGUUACCAUUAGAAUUAAAAUGGGGCCCAAUACAGACAGGUUUUUUUCUAAAUAUUGCAUCACAGAGAAGGCUGAUAGCAUUUACUAUUAGUUUCUUUCAAAAAAAGCCAAAAAUGUGGGUUGAUAAUAUACCUGAUUAUCCAGCUUAUAUUCCCUGUAUUCAAAGAGGUAUGCAUUUAUCUAAAGACACAAUAAUUAAUAUAAUUACCAACAAAGAUAAAGACAUUUUAAAUAAUCCAGACAAAAUGAAUGAGAUAUAUGAAAAAUUUAUUACACAAGAUUAUGACUCCCCAAACGAAAGAUGCUGUGUUGAUUUUAAAUUAGUAGCUAUUGGAUAUAAUAGAAUCAGAAAGGAUAAUUCAAAAACUAGCAUUGAUAAAUUGCCCAAGAUACAUGUAUUUUACAAACUGAAAGCCUGUAGUCCGAACAGGUAUACCUACACGGAAUUUGACUUCUUGACUAUAGUGGGUAAUAUUGAAAAUAAGACACCUAGUUUAAGAGAAGAAGAACUAUUGGAUACUAUAAUGUUUGAUAAUUCUAGAAUAGUGUGGAAGAAUGUUCCUCCAGUGAAAUUGGUUACGUAUUUCGCACAGCACUCAACUUUACAACUCGUAUAA